AUGACAGAAGCAAGUCCCGUUAAGGAAAUCAAAAACGAGAAGUAUUCUUCUCUGGCCGCUGUAAGACAAGUGUCUUCGGAUCUCGAGGAAGCAAGCGAUGUCGAUGAGGCGUUUCAACUCAACCUUGAGAGUAAAGAACUUGUCGUUACGGAAGAAAUCAACAAAAAUUUGCUUCGUAAGGUGGAUUUAUACAUUCAACCGAUGAUUUGGGCGCUCUAUACACUGCAAUAUAUGGACAAAGUGACUAACAGUUACGCUGGUGUCAUGGGUAUCCAGAAAGAUUUGCAUUUCGCUCCCAACGAAUUUUCUUGGCUUGGAACAGCAUUUUAUUUGGCAUAUCUUGGCGCGGAGUUCCCAAUUUCACAGCUGUUGCAGAGAUUUUCUUUCGUGAAAACGUUGUCUGCCUGUAUUGUUAUCUGGGGUGUUGUACUAUGCGCGCACGCCGGUACUAAGAAUGGUGCAGGCAUCAUCACGGCUCGUGUGCUUCUUGGAAUUUUUGAAUCUAGUAUCACUCCAGGAUUUGUCAUUUUGACGUCCCAAUGGUAUAAAAAGGAAGAGCACUUUGCUAGAAUCGCCUACUGGUUUUCCUGCAAUGGUUUGGGUGGUAUACUUGGAGGAUCAAUUGCUUAUGGGUUAGCUCACCAUUCGGACUCAUACACGAUUGAGCCUUGGAAAGUAUUGUUUAUCGUAACUGGCUUGAUUUCUGUGAUAUUUGGAGGUUUUUUCUACUUCUACAUUCCAGAAAAUCCGAGCAAAGCCUGGUUUUUGACUGAGGAAGAGCGACUUUUUCAAGUGCAGCGUAUCAAAGGCAACCAGCAAGGGUACGGUAGCAGGAAGUUCAAGUGGCACCAGUUCAGAGAGGCCUUCAGAGACCCUAGAACAUGGAUCUACAUUAUCUGGGGUUUGACUGCACAGAUCCCCAACGGUGGCCUAGGCUCUUUUUCUUCAAUUUUGUUAAACAAAACUUUGGGCUACUCUCCACAACAAUCUCUACUGGUUGGCCUGGGUAAUGGUGCUGUGCAGAUUGCAUCGGGUAUUAUUACAGGUUAUAUCGCCACAAAGACAGGUAAGAGAGUUAUUGUUGGUGCUGUCAGUUGUUCGAUCACUUUGCUCGCGACAUGUUUGCUUGCUUUCCCUUCAUCCACGAAAGUUCGACUUGCGGGAUACUAUCUGAUUCCAUUUUAUGCUAUUGGUAUGGUUACGAUUUUAGCAUCGAUAACUUCGGAUGCUGCUGGUCAUACAAAGAAGCUGACCGUGUCUGCAGCAUUUUUGGUCUCUUACUGCAUUGGUAACGUUAUUGGACCUCAAACUUUCCGUGCUUCCGAUGCUCCUGAGUAUCGGCCUGCAAGAGUUACUAUGGUGGCAUGCUUGGCAGUUGCAACCACUGACCUGUUUCUCCUCCUCUUGAUUAAUGUGCGUGAGAACAAGAAGCGCGACAAAAUGUUCGCCGAGGAUCCAACAUGGUAUGUGUCACCAGAUAAUGCUGAAUUCCUGGAUCUUACUGAUUUUGAGAACAAGAACUUCAGGUAUUCACUCUGA